AUGUCAGCCUCCUCAGAGCAUAGUGAACCCGACAUCGUUCAACCCCCCAAGUAUGGGCGUGUAGAAUACCGAAUGGAGCAUUUUGGCGAUGUCCGCACUGAUCCGUACCAUUGGUUGCGGGAUGGACGGAGUUCGGAGGUGCGGAAACUACUUAGGCGCGAGAAUGCACAUAUGGAGUCUGCCUUCGCCGCAUAUGGUGGAAAGCGUCUGAGUCGUACGCUGUAUAAUCAAAUGCGGGCUCGAUGGAAAGAAGAUGAAGCAUCCCUUCCUUACCGUGACCGCAGUUAUUGGUACUAUUCACGUACCGUGCCGAAUGCCGAUCAUCCAUUGUUCUGCCGUCGUCCCGUCUCGGUGGACUCGGGGACAUUUGUGGAGGAGGUUGCGCACCUGUGGGCCCAAGACCCCCAUGCACCGCUUCCUGCUUACGAAGAUGAGGUUGUGUUUUUCGACUUGAAUCUUUUUGCCCGCGAGCUCAGACUCGACUACGUUGAGUUGGGUGACAUGGAAGUGUCGCCGGACGAGCAGCAGCUGGCGGUUACCGUUGACUGUUCCAGUGGCCGCGAGGUGUUCACAAUAUUCAUUGUAGAAAUAACAAAUGUUAAUUAUGAGCAGUGGCUCCACCAACACUCAGAGUUAGGCCGCGCUUGGGCGGUUGCCAUGGCGCAGUCAAAGCUGUCCAUAUACAACUCACCCACGAGCGCCCUCCCAAGGUAUUCCAGCUCAAAAUCAUUUUCGGCGGCGGAUGAUUAUACCUCCCGGACUUCGAGGAAAAGUGUUUCUACCGGAGAUAUUGUGGAUGCGUUUCAAUCCGCCCCAUCAUCAUCUCAGUUUACCUCAGGUGCCGGGGAUGUGAGCGUCGGUGGUUCGGAGAGGGGGUCGACUAACGCUUUUGUAACUUCUGCUGACGCUUUCUUUGCGGCUAGUGCAUUCAGUCGAAAACCAGCUCCGUCACACAAGGUGAAACGGCGCAUUGACGUUUUCGACGCUACCGAUGAGGUGCUGUGGCUUUCCUCCACGACGCUACUGUACUUGGGUCUUGAUAGUAGGAUGCGUUCCCACCGAGUUAUCUUUCAUGACCUCGCUGCGGAUGAAGAUUCCCCACAUUCAGACGUUAUUUGUUAUGAGGAGCCCAACGAAGCUUUUUGGGUCAGUUCGUUGUGCUAUUCUGCGGAUGAUAGAUUUGCAAUGUUCACUACCUCCAGCUCUGGUAGCACACAGGUAUACGUUAUGCCGUGUGAUGAGGGAAAGAAGCGGUGGGUGAGCGGUGUUCCUGUUGUUCACUGUGGCUUUGCAAGUGGUGGAGACAGUGACGACAUUCGGAGUAACGGUGGUCCCACAUGCAGUACUUCUCGUACCGCUUCUAUUCAUACCACCCGCAGCAACGCUGAUUUUGUUGGAGGGGGGCAUGCCAGUGCCGCAGUACAUCGAUUCACUGAUCGAGCCGAGGAUGUUGACCUUGAUCUUGAUCACCACAGUUCACUUUUUGGGGAAGCCAUCGGUGCAUGGGUGAUUGUUAUAACCAGUUUAAAGCGGGGUAGCGGUCAUUGGCGUGUGGCUUACGUGCUUGAUGAUAAAAUGUUGUGGGAUGAAAGCCAGAACCUUUCACUUUGCGAAUCCACCAUGUGGCAAACUCUCUUCACAUACGACCCUCAGAUUUUUGUCGAGGGUGUGGAGUGCUGGCGAGAUUACUUGCUUCUCAGUGUUCGCCAAGCAGCAUCUUCCACAGUACUGUUGCUUCCUGUGCGAAAGUUGUGGAGUCAUUGGUUAGACAAUAGGGAUUCCGGAAGCAGCUGCCUCCCGCCUCUAUCGGUGCGCCACGAUGCACUCGAUCUCCGGGCUGUGGUUUGCUACCCGCUUGUAAGUGUGAGCAAUGUGUGCUUUUCUAUUGAGAAGUUUUACCAGAUGCAGUGGCGAGAGCAAGAGCGACAAGAGUUUGAAGGGGGACUCGGGGAAUCAGACUGCGUCCACUUUGUGCGGAGUUGCGCGGGCGAUGAUGUUUUUGACACACGAACGUGGCGCCUCGUCGUCGCUCAUCCCACAAUCCCGAGUGUAACGUUUUCUUGCACGUUAGGUGGUGUUGAGGAGGGCGAGAUGUCCCUUUCUGUCAAGAAGUUGUAUCAGGUUCCUGUUGGUGGGACGCCCUUCUGUGCUGAUGAUUAUGACGCGACGAUUGUUUGGGUUCCAUCGGACUAUGGUUUUCGAUCCGACUUGUUGUUACAAAUGUUGCCCACGAAGGAGCCUUCCGAUGUUGUAGGUAUCCCGGUUUAUCUCUGCUGGAAGAAAUCACUUCUAGAGAGGGGUGGGAAUCCUAUGUUCCUUACUGUCUACGGUAGCUACGGCGAAUGUUGUGAUGUUGACUUCGAGUCCGAGCGACUGGCGCUACUCGACCGGGGAUUUGUAUGGGGGGCCGCUGCCGUACGGGGUGGUGGGGAAUUGGGGACCGGGUGGCGAGUUGCGGGCCGCAAGUUACAGCGGGGAACGACUGUGAAUGACUUCGUUAGCGUAGCUUCGUUCAUGCAAAAGACGGGAUGGUGUGCCGACGGCCGAUUGGUGGUUUCUGGUGCCUCUGCUGGUGGCUUUGUUGUGACGGCCGCUAUGAAUAUCGCCCCUCAUUUGUUCUUGGCGGUCGUUGCAUCCGUUCCUUUCGUUGAUUGUCUCACGACGCUUCUUGACCCCACGCUUCCCCUAACGGUCAGUGAGUGGGAGGAAUUUGGGAAUCCCCUUGAAGAUGCUGAGGCAUACAGUAUCAUUCGUGCGCUUUCGCCCAUGGAUAAUAUACCUCCCCCGGGAGUGGCGCUCCCACAUAUCAUGAUGCUGACUGCUUGGCAUGACACCCGUGUUGGGUAUUGGGAGUCCCUUGCAUUCGUAGCGCGUUUGCGCGAGCGUCGAGAGAAGGAAAGAGCCAGUCGAGGUAAUACAAGUAUGUGUGAUGGUAAACCCUGUGCUGAAAGGGCAAUUUUGCAUUAUUGCGACUUUGCUGUCGGCCACGGCGGGGCGACAGGUCGAUAUCAGCGGCUGAAGGAAGUUGCGCGCGAGUAUGCUUUUGUCGUACUCGUUCAAGAGGCUGCUGAGCAGUCUAGCACAUAG